AUGUAUGCUGAAGCAAAUCAGCAAAUUUUUCAGGCAAGUGAAGUAGAUGGUGACGAAGAGGUGAUAACGGCAAGGGAUGAUGAGGAUGGUAAUACUGAUUUCGAACGAGAUUCGAAUGCUACACAGAUGGACAGCAGUGGUAGUGAGUAUGAAUGGCAAUUAAUUUGCGGCGAAUUCGAGAAAAAGCUUGAAGCUGUUCAGAAGGAUACGGCUGUUCAACUCACAGCAUUUGAAGCGAUGCGCCAGACGCUUGCUCAAGCUGAGAAGAAGAUCGAAUCGUUGCAAGUGUUAUUGGCACAGAAAGAGAGAGAAAAUGCAGAUCUGUUGGGGACUAUUGAAAAUCUGCAACUGAAAUCGGUGGAAGAGCUCGAAAAACAGAAAGUGGAAUUAAUGCGUUCUGCAGAUGAGAAUUUAAUGGCAGCGGAACAGAUGUAUUGUGCAAGCCAGGCUAAAGUUUCUCAACUUGAAGCACUGGUUGAGAAGACGUAUAUUGAUAAUACGGGACUUCGUGAACAACUUGACAGAGCUCUUACUGACCUCAACAAUGCGAAAUCUGGACCAAUGGAUCCAAAAGAAUUCUAUCGACAGCUAAAGAAACGACUCAAGAUAAUCACUGAGAAGUUCAGAAUGGAAGCAGUUGACUCAGAUCUCACAUGGAUGGGUGAAGAGAACGUUCGUUAUGCUCUGGAUGGAUUCGAAGCGGCAGCAAAAGCUAUCCUGGCUGACGAUCCUCAUCUUCGCCCUUUGGCUGAACGGCUUAUAGUUUUCCUGGAAGAAAGGAACGUGGAAAUGGAAAUGCAGACGACUCCACCGGAAGACAACGUUACGCAGGAAUAUCCAGGGAAUCUCGACAAAGCUUUAAUGGAUUUCAAGAAUGAAAUGGGUGAGGAAAUGCACUUCGUGUUGAAAAAGUUUCAGGAAAAUCAAUCGAAGGGACUUUAUGAAAUGAUUUUGAAAAUUAUCAAUCAUCUGGACAUUGCUGAACAGAAAGCUGAUAACAACUUAGCGAAGCGUAUGGAUCAUUUGAUGGGAAUGAUUGCUAGCAUUAAUGGCAAGAACUCGGACCUUGAAAAGAUCAAAAAGGAAAUCGAAGAUAUCAAUGUCAAGCUUGAAACGCUUUUCGAAACAUUCGACGAAUUCCGUCAUGACAUCAAAGUGCUGAACGAGGAACACAAAGACGAAUCAGAGAACAUGAAAUCUGAGCAGUUGAAGCUGAAAACAACUUGCGCUUACGUUGAUUAUCUGAGCGGUCAACAUAUGAAACUUGAAAAGCAGAUCAGUGACGUUGAGGCAUUUUGCGACAACCUGAAGCAGGAAUUUUGUAGCACUCCGAUGCGAAAAGGCGCUGCUACACAAACAGUGGUUUCAAUUGCACAUGCGAAAGAUUUUAAAAGCGAUGAAAGCCUAAACGUAACAACUGCAUGUUCGAUCAUGGAAAAAACUGUAAACAUGGUGAAGAAAAAUGGGCAACAUGCUGAGCAUUCUGCUGGACAUGGAACGCAUCUUCAGAUUAAGAAGAAAGGCAAUUGGA